UUUAGCUGCUAUUUCUGCUGCAGCUACUGCUGCUGCUUCAUCCUCUGGACUUUUUGAUUAUGCUCGACUAGAUUCAGAUGUUUCUCCACAUUUUUCUUUCUUUGUGUGCUUUUACCAAGUUUCAUGGAGUUUCUGUAUAGGACAUCUGUGGGGUCGGCAUUCUUCUCAGACUUUUAGGCAAUUUGAAGGAAUCUAUGGAGAGGAGCACUGAGGGCAGAAAACAUCAAGAUUCCUCGUGUUGUCAUGAACAGGAAGGAACAUUAUGAUUCAAUCAUGGACCGUAGCAAGCGCAUCAUGUGGCAGGACGACUGCUACAUGGACCUGCAGUCUACGUCCUGCUCUGCAUCAUCACAGACAGAAACGCAAAAUCUACAUUGGAUCCAAAAGCAUAAAGACCAGCUCCAGAGCUUUGCUUCACAUUCCUUCCUGGAGGAAAUAGUAGGACACCUCAGAAAUCUGGAUAUCCUGACUUCAGCUGAAGAGAACAGCAUCAAGGAAGCAGGCCAGUUACAAGACCGGAUUAAAAUGCUCACCACUAUCAUCACGGGCAAGGAAAGCCAAAGCUCAGAUGCCCUGCAGGCAUUCAUAGAGAGCUCAGAUUCAGAGGUUGCCCAGCUUAUCUUAAACUACGAUUCCAUGGUGAAAAAGCACAAAGAGGUGCUUCUACAGCAAUAUGAGAAGCACAGAGACAGAGAUUCAGUCAGCUGCCCCAAACUGAACAUCUCCUCAAGAACUUUACUGCUGGUCGACGGACUUUCUGACUUCCAACAAAAGGAACACGACUUGAUGCAGGUGGGAGUGACUCGAGGAGGGAGAAGAAACCAUCUGAGGCAGCUGGGGCUCGCUAAGCUCUUUGAGCCCCUCACGCGGGUCAGUUUGCCUCCCAGAGUAACACUCACAGUUGGGGUGGCUGGUAUUGGCAAGACAACCUGGGUGCGACACUUCAUCAGACAAUGGUGCCAAGGGACCAUCUGUCCAGAUAUACACUUUGUCUUGCCGUUGACGUUGUGCGAGCUGAACUCACUAGAGAAAGUUUCUGCAGAGAGACUGUUGAAAAUGACUUUCCCUCAUUUGCAAGUUCCCAGUUUGGUUCUGAGCAACGCCUGCAGGACACUGCUCAUCCUGGAUGGUUUGGAUGAGUUUCGCAGCACUUUAAAUUUCUCUGAUGCGGCUCCUUGCAACGAGCCAAAGAAGGAGGUUUCCAUUGACGACCUAGUUACAAAUGUCAUCCGAGGAAAUCUGCUCCCAGAUGUAGCAGUGUGGGUGACGUCGAGACCAGGAGUGGCCUCCCUGAUCCCAGGGGGACUAGUUGACCGGGUUACAGAGAUCCCAGGAUUCAGCCCAGAGGACAUCCAGAUCUUUCUGAACCACCACUUCUCUGAGAAGGAUUUUGCAAGCAGAGUAUGGGCUCACUUGGAGUCCCAAAAGAUACUGAUGGUGAUGUGCUACAUACCAUGCAUUUGCUGGAUGCUAGCAGAGACUUUGCUGUACAUUAUGCAGAGCGGGAGACAGGAAAGCCUCCCUAAGACCUGUACUGAGCUGUAUGCCCAUUGCUGCUCGAUGAAAGCAGAAGUAGGUGAACCAAGAGGCAGGGAGCCUGUAAAAUCUGAGCAGGUUCAUGCAACUAAUCGUAAACUGCUGGGCAACCUUGGACGUCUGGCGUUCUACAGCCUCCUGAAACACAAAUACACAUUCAGCGAGCAGGACCUUCGGGCCUAUGGGAUAGAUAUACUUCUAACUCAAAGCAGUCUUGGUGCUGGAGUUCUCAUUCGAAGGGAGUCCAACAUACACACCACUUACAGAUUCACACAUCUGACUCUGCAGGAGUUUCUUGCAGCUACAUUUUAUCAUGUUUCCUCCAAGCGGGCCAUCUUUGACCUGUUCUCUGAGAGCACAAUGUCCUGGCCCAAGAUUGGCUUCCAAAACCACUUCAGAAGUGCCUUUCAACACUCACAGCAAGCUGAAGAUGGUCAUCUGGAUCUGUUUGUGCGCUUCUUGACAGGCUUGCUGUGCCCAACAACGAUAAAACCUCUGGCUGGACUCUUGGCUCUCGGGAAAGACGAUGGAAGUCAGAAGGAUUGGGCUGCAGGGUUUUUACAAGGCCUCCUGUCCAGCGUGGGUUCGGUGGUGUCCCUCCGAGCAGUCAACCUGGCCUAUUGUUUACAGGAGCUGCAACAUACAGAGCUGCUCCGGAGUGUCGAGGAGGACCUACGGCAGGGUAGCCUGGCUGGAAAACUGACGCGGCCACAUUGUGUGGUGCUGGGCUACCUCUUGCAUGCUUCUCCAGAGUGCAGUGAACAAACCAACCUGACAGGGUGUCUGAACUAUUCGACGGUGAAAAGCUUACUCCCACAGCUGCUGUACUGUACCCAUCUGAGGCUGGAGAAUAAUAACUUCAAAGACGACGUCAUGGAACUGCUGGGAAGCCUUCUGAGUGCCAAAGACUGCCACAUCCGGAAAAUUAGUUUGGCAGACAACAUCAUCAGCAACAAAGGAGCCAAAGCCCUGAGUCGAGCCCUCUUGGUGAAUCGAACACUAACGUCCAUCAACUUAAAGAACAACAACAUUGGAUCAAAGGGAGCCAAAUUCCUGGCGGAGGCUCUGAAAAUGAACCAAGCCUUGAUAUCAAUCAACUUCCAGAACAACUCCAUAGCGGAAGAAGGAGCUCAGGCCAUUGCAGAGGUCCUUCAGUGCAACCGCAAACUGGUGUCUCUAAACAUGCGGAAGAAUACAGUUGGAGCGGGUGGAGCCAAGAAGUUUGCAGAAGCGCUGAAGACAAACCGAACUCUUACAAAGUUGAUACUCUGCAGCAACCAGCUUGGGGAUAAAGGAACAGUUGCUCUGGCUGAAGCUUUGACGUUCAACCACACUUUGCUGUCACUCCAACUUCAGAGUAACUCGAUCAGCAACAAGGGCAUGACAGCCCUGACCAAAGCUCUUAGACUGAACCGGGGUCUUGUCUCUUUGAAUUUAAGGGAGAACUCGAUUGGAGUGGAAGGAGCUAAGAACAUGGCCCACGCCCUGCAGGAGAACAACUCUUUGCAGAACCUCGAUCUCACAGCAAACCUGCUACAUGAUGACGGGGUUCAAGCAAUUGCUGGAGCAAUCAAGUUUAAUCAAGGGCUUACAUCUCUCCACCUCCAGUGGAACUUUAUAAAGUCAACCGCCACUAAAGCUCUGGCCCAGGCCCUGCUCUCCAACACCACCAUUCAACUUCUGGAUCUACAAGAAAACACCAUUGGGAACGAGGGUGUGACUUACCUCGCCGAAGCCCUGAAAGUCAACACGUCUCUGCGUACCUUAUGUCUCCAGGGAGUCUCAGCAGGGACGAGCGGCGCUGUUGCAAUGGCAGAAGCUCUGACGUCCAACCAGACUCUACAAACAUUAGAUCUGCGUGGGAAUGCUGUGGGAAUGAAGGGGGCAAAAGCCUUAGCCAAUUCUCUGAAAUGCAACAGAAGCCUUAAAUCAUUAAAUCUGCAGGAGAACUCGUUGGGAAUGGAUGGAGCCAUUUUCAUUGCUACAGCUUUAAAGGGAAACCACCAACUAGCAUAUAUCAAUUUGCAGGGAAAUGGAAUCGGAGAAUCAGGAGCAAAGGUCAUAUCAGAUGCAAUAAAAGCCAGUGCUCCCAGCUGCGUAGUGGACAUCUAAGCAAGAAUAGAAGACUGAAGAAAGUCAAUAGAAGAAGGCUUUUAGUCAUGACUCCCACUGUGCAGCAUUGUUGGAGAUAACCCUCUGGUCAUGGUUUUAUCAUGGAUGAUAGUUGGUUUAUAUGGCUGAUGGCUUCUGGGAAUCAGAAGACUGGUGUUUCAGCUGUGAGCCAUGUUGGCUGGACUUUUUGGAAAGAUCCAAGUAUUUCCUCCCCUGGAUAUAAGCAUUGUUGCCUGAGUCCAUAGGAAAUGCUACACAUGGAGCUCAACAUAUAAAAGAUGAACAAAUGUGUUCGUUGCACUUCGUAAACUUGGACAAAUAAAACAUUUUUGUGUUCACUGCAUUUUUCUAUAUACUGUAUAUUUUUAUGCAUUAUAGAUGUAAAUUGCCACAUUAAGUAAGCUAAUGAUAGAAAAGAGGAAAGGAUACAGAGUUAUUUAUGUUCAGCAGCUUGAGUAAUGUUGCUUCUUCUCGUCUGGUAUAAAGAAAUAAAAUGUAUCAAACAGACAAAA